AACAGCCAGUUCCGCCGAAGGAUUAGCUCCUUGCCCGUGCUGCCAUGGCUCUCCCCUCUGUGAUGGUGCUGCCCCUGCUGAUCGUCAUCGCAGCAGGGAUAUACUACAUCUACACUGAGGUCAUCCACUUCAUGUCCAAGUCCUUAGUGCGAAACAAAGUGGUGGUGAUCACGGAUGCUGUGUCGGGGGUCGGGAGAGAGUGUGCCCAACUCUUCCACAAGGGAGGGGCCAGGCUGGUCCUGUGUGGGACGAGCUGGGAUAAGCUGGAGUCUCUGUAUGACUCUCUGACUAGCGAUGCUGACCCCAGGGAGACAUUUGCCCCCAAGCUGGUGAUCCUGGACUUCAGUGACAUGGACAGCAUAGAGGAGGUGGUGGCUGAGGUGGGGGAUUGUUACGGCUGCGUGGAUGUGUUGAUCUGCAACAGCAGCAUGAAGCUAAAGGCCCCGGUGCAGAGCGUCUCCCUGGAGCUGGACAGAAACAUCAUGGACAUCAAUUACUUUGGCCCCAGCACUCUGGCCAAAGGUGUACUGCCGAUGAUGAUCUCAAGAAGGUCGGGACACAUUGUGUUGGUGAACAGCAUCCAGGGCAGACUGGCUGUCCCCUUCAGAAGUUCCUAUGCAGCCUCAAAGCACGCAGCGCAGGCCUUCUUUGACUGCCUGCGGGCUGAAGUGGAGGAGUAUGGGAUAUUAGUCAGCACCAUCAGUCAUACCUUCAUCAAUGCCUCCGCCACGAUGCCAUCCGCCCCGACGCCACCCGCUCCGACGCCAUCCGACCAGUCGCCCUCUGAGCAGCCACCAACUGAGCAGCCACCAACUGAGCAGCCCACCAGCAAGGCACCUGCCAGCCAGUCGCUUGUCAACCAGCUUGCUCCUCUGUUAAACAAGCUGGCUGCAUAUAUCGCCAGCCAGCUGACCCAUGGCGUGCGCCCGUCAGUCCUGGCCAAUGAGAUUAUGCGUACAGUGAACAGGAAGAGGAAGGAGGUCCUGCUGGCCCACCCCAUCCCCAGGGUGGCCCUCUACCUCCGCUCCCUCUUCCCCUCCUUCCUCUUUGCUGUGGUGGCCGCUGGAGUGAAGGACUCGGCCUUGGCUGAUCAGAUGCAGUAGGAGAGAGAUUGUGAAAGAAGGAGCUGACAGAAGGCCUAAACAGGCCUGAAGGCGGCCAGGGAGGAGCUGAAAGGAAACAUGGAAGAGGGGGAUCGGAGAAAGAGGGAAGGCAUGCAUGGAUGUAGAGGAGAACAGAGACAGGACUCCUA